UGGCCUGCAGGUUGCAGACUUGAGUCAGCACGCUGGUCUCCCAGCAACACGGUGUAAACAACGAGCAGGAGCGAGAGUAGACGAGAAAUGAAUGAAACACUGGUUUGACCCUGGUCAUUAUUGAGCUGCCGUUAAGUGUAUCCUGGAAGCAAACCCCCGAGGCUAGCUAAACUACAGAGGUGACAGGCAGCUGAUGGUUGCUGGCUAGCCAAUGGGGCUGUUUGACAGGUUGGCAGGAUGGCUGGGUUUGAAGAAGGAGGUGAAUGUGCUGUGUCUUGGUCUGGACAACAGUGGAAAAACCACCAUCAUCAACCAACUCAAGCCCUCUAAUGCCCAGGCACAAGACAUCGUCCCAACCAUUGGCUUCAACAUAGAGAAGUUUAAGACAUCCAGUCUUUCCUUCACAGUGUUUGACAUGUCUGGUCAAGGCAGAUACAGAAACCUUUGGGAACACUACUACAAGGAAGGCCAGGCUAUCAUAUUUGUCAUUGAUAGUGCAGACAAACUGAGGAUGGUAGUAGCCAAAGAAGAACUGGACACAUUACUUAACCAUUCUGAUAUUAAACACAGGAGGAUCCCCAUUCUGUUCUUUGCUAACAAGAUGGAUGUCAGGGAUGCUCUGUCUUCUGUCAAGGUCUCACAGCUGCUCUGUUUGGAGAACAUCAAAGACAAACCCUGGCACAUCUGUGCCACAGAUGCUCUGAAAGGAGAAGGUUUACAGGAGGGAGUCGACUGGUUACAAGAUCAAAUUAUGCAAUCAAAUCAAAACAAUGAGAACGUGAGGGUAUGAGGAUGGACGCGCCAGAAGGAGCAGCAUACGUGGAACUCUUUUACGAAAGUUGAAUUGAGCCAGUUUUCAGAGGAUAGUGAUGUUUUUAUUCAGGUAUUUAAAUGGUUUUGUGUGCGUGUUGAUUCGUUAGUUAAAAAAAUAGCAUAUGAUACGAUUUUUCUGGAACCAGUAAACAUAAUAAAAAGGCAUCCAAUAGUGCUGAGUCAAAGAGAAACACACAAAAUUGGCAACUGUUACACAUUUAUUUUGGUUUGAUGUUGUGAGUUUAAAGCUAUGGUGCGUAGUUUCUGUCUCCCCCAUGAGGAAUUCUAAGUAUUGACAACAACACUGUCAGCGCAUCCACAUGAUACAAGUCUUCCUUGAUCGCGUACGCGCCCCCACCCCUCCUCCACACAGUUGCUAGUAGCCACGGAGGAUUACAAAAACAGGAUGGACUCUUCAGAAGAGUUAAUUAUCUUCACUGGAGCUUCUUCACGAGAAAGUCACCAAACGCCUCAAUCUAGUAAACACAGUCAAACUCAGAAAUACAGAGAGAGUUGUGGAGCUGAUUGUCUUAAUAAGCUUUCUAGCAACUCAUUUGGCUUGAAUGUAACGGAAGUUCAUUUAUAUCAAAAAGUUACGCACCAAAGCUUUAAACUGAUAAAUACAGCUGUCUGAUUCCACAGUAUGCUUACAGCAGCAUAAAUGCUCUACACCUGCAAUUUUAUUGCCACUGAUGAGAGCAGGUGACAGUCUUGGUCGAGUCUCCAUGCAUCAGAUAUUAUUCUAAAUACAUUUUGGCAGUAAUGUGCUUAUAAUUGACCGGUAAGGAUGGUCCUUAAGAAAUUGUUUCAACCUCUGAAAUAUGCCAAAUACAUCUCUCUCAGGGCCUCUGUAGAUACAUUAUUAUUUGUGUUUCAAGCAUCCCAACAGUUAAUUAUUGUUUUACUUCAGCAAACUUUCAUGCAUUGCACUGCACAUAGCCUUUCUCAAACUUGUAUAUUAGGCCAUCUUACCAUCACAUUACUUAGUCUCUUGCUUCAGCUAAUAUUUGUUGCAGCUCUGCUCAUGUUAGAUUAAUGUUGCUCUUUUUUUGAGUAGCUAUGGAAAUAUAUUUUGCUUAUUGAAGAUGAAAUGUUUUCCAGGGCCCAGUAGAUUUAGUUGUAUACAUUGUUACUUAUGUCUAAGUCUACAUUCAUUAUUAACUUAGUUGUAACAAAUGAUUGUCAUGAAGUGAA